AUGGUAUUUGGCAAUACUGGGAUUCAAAGCCUAGCAAAAAAACUUUAUGGAGCAUUGAAAAGGGGGGAAAAUAAAAUGAAAAGUUUUCAGCAAGUCAUCUCGGAGAAUUUACAGAGAAACCCCCAAGGAAAAUUUCUUCAAAUUUAUUUCCGAUUUAACACAACACUAAAUGUAUGUAAACUGUCAAAAGAAAUUAAAAUAAUUUGCCCUGUAAAAGUUAAUUCUCUUCUUAUUAAAAAUUCGUUCCCAAUACAAAGCUUGGCUAAAAUACUUGUAGAAAACAAUAGGAACAACUGUUUACCGUUACAUUAA